ACCGUAUUCUCUCCAGAGGAAACACUACUCUCACCCCAAAUCUCCCCCCCCCCCCCCAAAUUCCCUCUCUUCUUUCUCUCUCCAAAUCCUCUCUCUCUCUCUCUCUCUCUCUCUCUCUCUCUCUCUCUCUCCAAACCCUCUCUGUUUCUCUCUUUCUACUGCAACUGCAAUCUCGGAGAGUGGGGAUCAAUGGCGUUGAUAGAAGACUCCAGCGGCAUGAUGAUUGAUGAGGCAUACGAGUUCUCGGCGCCUCGAUUCUUUGAUUUCAUCGAUGGGGAGUCCGAGGAGGAUGUGCGCAAGGCGGAGCUUUGGUUCCAGACCGCCCUCAGCUACGCUCCUUCCCCUUGUAUGCCUAAGAUCAAGGCUGGGAGAUCUGUGAAUAUUGAAGGCUUAUGUGAUUUUAGUAAAGCAGACGACCAAUUCCAAAAGUCAUCUGAAUCAUCAGGUUCAACGGCUAAUAAUAGUCCCUCCAAAACCAAGCCCCAGACCGAGCCCACGAAAACUGAUAUAGUGGAACAAGGAAAGAGCACUGGCAAGACGAAAAUAGAAGACAGUGCCAAUGUGGUUUCUGCCGAGGAAGAUAAGAAGGAUGUCUGCACUCAGGAAAAUGGAAGUGUUUUAACGGGAAGAGUUUCCUCAACUGUGAAGAUUGAUGUGGCUAAUGAUACGAAGAGCACCUCUUCUGUCAAAGAAGGAUUAGAGGCAUGCACUCCAAAAUUGCCGGCGGUUUCACAGAAGAGAAACCCACUACCAACUGAUUCAAAGAAACAAGAGGCAGCCAGAAGGAUAGCGAGUUCUGUUAAAAAUCCAUCAGCCCUGAAGCCGAAAAAACAGUUAUCACAAGUCAAAGGCAUCAAACCAGCCAUUGUGAAUAGAGAUAACAAUGCAAAAAAUACUGCUGGCACUCCAAACUUGGCUCAAGAGAACCAGGCAAUUAAGCGACAGAAGCUGGAAGGAGGAAGAUCUAGACAGAUUCUUAAUGUCAAACCUCAAAAUUUUCCCCACAAAUCAAGAAUGGGUCGAAUGGGCAGCUCUUCCAGUAGUCUAUGCCCGUCAACUGCUAAGACCCGUAAAGAGGACAGAAAGGUUUAUGUUCGAGAACCAGCAGUUCCAUUUAUUUCAAUGGCAGAAAUGAUGAAGAAGUUCCAAUCGAGUACGAGAGAUGUAUCACUGCCUCGCAUGAACAAUUCUCUUUCACAUGAUGAUGCUGCUUCUAUUAUGCAGAGCAAGCCCAAACUAACAUUGACGAGGCCUAAGGAACCUGAACUUGAAACAGCUCAACGCGUUCGUUCCACUAGGGUAAAGAGUUCUGCUGAGCUUGAGGAAGAGAUGAUGGCCAAAAUUCCCAAAUUUAAAGCUCGACCAUUGAAUAAGAAGAUUCUCGAAGCCCCGACUUUACCUUCGCUACCAAGAACUACACCCCAACUACCAGAGUUUCAGGAAUUUCAUUUAGAAACAACAGCAAGGGCCAACCAGAAUGCAGAAACAUCCACAGUUGCAUCAACAGAAGCUUCUCGUCAGAAUCAAUGGAAACCUCAUCUGACUGAACCUAAAACCCCUCUACUGCAGACAUCAUUGAGAGCGCGUCCACCCAGAGUAAAGAGUACUUCUGAACUUGAGCAGGAGGAACUUGAAAAAGUUCCAAAAUUUAAGGCUCGGCCUUUAAAUAAGAGGAUAUUUGAAAGUAGAGGAGAUUUGGGGAUGUUUUCAAACACAAAACAGCAUGUGACCAUACCUCAAGAAUUCCAUUUUGCAACAGAUGAAAGAAUUCCACAGCCAAUAACUGUAGCUGAUAUUUUUGACAAGCUUUCAUUGAAUUCAGAAUCUCGUCAUAGCAUUCAGAUUCCAAGAACUACGAUGCCAAAUCCAUUCCACCUCCACACUGAUGAAAGGGGAGCAGAGAAAGAAAAGAAAUUUGUUAUGGACGUCAUGCAGAAACAGUUGGAAGAAGAAAGAGCUAGGAUCCCCAAGGCCACUCCCUAUCCGUACACCACUGAUUAUCCAGUGGUUCCCCCAAAACCAGAACCCAAGCAAUGCACCAAACCAGAACCUUUCCAAUUGGAGAGUCUGGUGAGGCAUGAAGAGGAAAUGCAGAGGGAAAUGGAAGAAAGGCAGAGAAUGGAGAGAGAAAAAGCCCAGAUGAGGAUGUUUAGGGCACAACCUAUUUUGAAAGACUUCUUCUGCAGGGACCCAAUUCCAGUUCCAGAUUUAGUACGCAAACCCCUCACUCAGGUUCAAGAAUUUAACCUCCAUGUCGAUCAUAGAGCUGUAGAUAGAGCAGAAUUCGACAAAAAGAUCAAGGAGAAAGAAUUGAUGUAUAAGCGAUACAGAGAGGAGACUGAGUCCGCAAAGAUGAUUGAGGAAGAGAAAGCAUUAAAGCAGUUGAGGAGGACAAUGGUGCCGCAUGCAAGACCAGUGCCUAAUUUUGGCCAUCCUUUCCUCCCACAAAAGUCAACUAAGGAAACAACCAAAGCAAAGUCUCCAAAUUUGAGGGUAAAAAGGAGAGAGAGGAGAAAAGCGAUGGGCACUUUCACUGCAGCAUCCAGUGCCGCUGCUCAAAUGAGAUGACCUUCUCUAUCUGAUGAUAUCUUCUGUAGCAUAAAUUUUUAUGGGCAGCAGCAGUGGGCCGGGGUUCAAGAGCUCUUGAACCUCUAAUUUUAUAGGGUUUCGUGAGAGCUCUUUGGUGGUUCAAUUAGAUUGUUAUCAUUCCUCACUCAAAAUUCUUUCAUGUAAAGUUGUCUUAACUAUGAAUCAAAUGUCCAUCAUUUAUUUGUCUCUAGUGUCCUAGACAAAUAAAAAAUAAAAUUUCAAAUUUGAAAAAUAA